AUGACGACCGUCCCCACCGCCGUUUCUCAGGUCUCUGAGAACCCUUCCGCGAACGCCGUCACCUCGGCCGUUUCCUCGCACCAGAAGGCUGCCGAUGUCGACCGCAAGAUGCGCUUCUUCGGCGUCAUCCAGGCCUUCCGCGAGGGUCGCUACCCCGACAAUGCCCAGAUUGACGACACGCUCAAGUACACGCUUGCCAACAGCCCCGUCAACACCGACAAGCUCUCGCCCGACGGCAAGAAGCUCAUCCAGGACCUUCGCGAGCUCAUCGAGACUUCCCGUCAGGUUGUCGUCAACAAGAACGGUGGCGAGGAGUUCCAGAACUUCCUCCACGCCACCCGCAAGGCUGAUGUCGCCAGCAAUGUCAACGUCAAGUCCCCCUUGACCGGCGCCGACGCCAAGAAGGACGGCGAGACCGCCGGCGAGGCCUUCCGCACCCUCCUCACCCUCUUCCUCCGCAACGGUGAGGCCCGCAAGCUCGUCCAGGACUUCGGCUACAUUGGCCGCGACAUGUUCGCAGACGGUGCCGCCAAGGCCGCCGAGGCCGCCCGUCCCGACGAGGAGAAGCUUGCCAGCGUCGACCACCCCGCUCCCGACAACGAGUUCCACGACGACAUCCCCGAUCUGCUCCAGAAGAAGGAGCAGGCAAAGGCCGAUGCCCAGGACACCGCCGAAAAGGCCAAAUCCGAGGGGGCCGCCCACGCUCAGGACCUCAAUGACGCCGUCGACCCCAACGCCUCCAAGGAGCAGAACCAGGCCGCUGUUGCCGACGUCGCCAAGGCCAAGGCCCAGGCUCUGUCGGACAGGAUCCCCCAGAAGCACAAGGACCUCGCCAAGGAGCACUCCGACAAGGCUCAGGAGUACCUCAAGGAGAAGUUCCCCAAGGAGCGUCGCGACCAGUUCUACUACCGUCUCAAGAAGAUCGUCGUCGAGUGCCAGCGCCACAAGGACUACCAAGACGCCAUGGACUACUUCCUCAACUUCUUCGAGCAGUACAAGGGACAUGCCACCCACGUCUACAACCAGUCCGCCCAGAGCGCCCAGAGCGUCCGAUCCGAGGGCAACGUCGCCACCGCAGAGACCACCUUCCGUCGUCUCUUGGAGCGCUUUGCCAACGGCGCUUCCACCGAGCCCAUCGUCGACGCCGUCAACCAGAUCUACACCGACGUCGCCAACGACCCCGAGCUCAAGCAGUGGUUCAGCCGCCUGGACACCUACAUCCGCAAGUGCCUCCAGGAGCCUGGCUACAUCAUGAAGGACGAGGCCAACUCGCAGGCCAAGCAGCUCACCGAGUCCGGCAAGAAGUUCUUCGUCGCCGCCGACGGUCGCAGCCAGGGCAAGUAUGUCCCCCACAAGGACGCCCUCUUCCGGGAGAUCACUCACUUUGCCAAGGCCAUGGGCAACGACCCUCUCAACAAGAAGCUCGGCGACAACGUCCAGCAGAUCACCAAGGACCUCUUCCUCAACGCCGAUGGCGGUCUCACCUUCAAGCCCCACCUCUGGAGCGACAUUCGCGACCCCAUCCUCCCCGAGCUGCUCAGCCACGUUGGCCUGGUUCCGCUGCCCCGUAUCGAGUACACCGACCCCCAGGUGGACCUCGUCAUCGAGAACCUUGCCAUCGACCUGCUCAACAUCCUGCCCUCGCAGGUCGAGAUGGAUAUGCGCAACCACUUCAAGCUUUCGCAGUUUGACAAGCUCGGCGACAGGCACCAGCACUCGUUCAAGCUCACGCUCCACCAGAUCCAGACCGACAUGCGCGACGUCCACUUCUUCUUCAAGAAGAAGCAGGGCUUCCCCAAGCUCAACGAGAAGGGUACCGCUGACGUCUUCCUCGGUGGCAAGGGCUUGACCGUCACCGUGCACCUCGAGGCCGAGAACGCUCCUCGUGGCAAGAAGAGCCGUCACAUCUUCACCGUCAAGCAGGUGGUCGCCAAGGUGGACAAGCUCAAGUUUGCCAUCCGCGAUUCGAAGCAUGACACGCUCAUCAAGGUGCUGCGCCCGCUCGCCACCGGCAUCAUCAAGAAGGCCAUCUCCAAGGCUGCCGAGCAGGGCAUCCGCAACGCGCUCCAGGACCUCGACACACAGCUGGUCGAGCUGCGCGACCGCAUCGAGCGCAACAAGGAGAUUGAGGGCAAGGGCAUUGGCGAUGCCUUCAAGGACACGUUCCAGAAGGAGAAGCCUGAGGAUGCCAAGAAGAACGACAGCUCGUUCAAGCUGGCCACUUCGAAGCGCAACUCGAUCCUCCCCAACCUCGGCCACCCCGACGGCUGGAUCCAGAAGAUCGACGAGAAGGACGCCGCUGCCAAGGCCAACCCCAGCCACGUCAACAAGGAGUGGUAUUCGCCUGCUUUCAGCAUCGUCGCUGCGGGCCAGAAGGACCCUCGCAACACGGUCUCCUCCAAGACGCAGAACCUCGGCCCUUCGCCCACUAACUCUGGUGCUGGCGCUGCCGGCGCCGCUGGUGCUGCUGGUGCUGCUGGUCUCGCUGGCGCUGCUGGUGCCGCUGGCCUUGCCGGUGCCGGCCACAGCGGUCAGACGACAAGCGUGUCGAACGCUGCUCAGCAGGGCGUCGGCCAGCCCGGUGCUACCGCGAGCGCAUAUUCGACUCAGAACGGCGAGCAUGCGCCUGGUGCCAUCGUAGCCGGCACGGGUGCUACAGCGAUCGGCGCUGGCGCUGCCGGUGCUGCUGCCACGCACGACGAGUCGUUGGCAUCCAAGGCGGCGCCGGCGAUCAACGGCGCGGCACACAACACUACCGAGGCUUCGCAGCCCAUCAACCCUGCCUUUGAGGCGGGACACAUCACCAAGUGA